CGGGCUCGAUGGUGGCGGUGGGGGGAGUUGGACCGGCUCCCGGCGGGGGUGCCUUUAGUAUUCGAAAGAGCAGCGCCCGCGAUGCGACGACGCCCCGCCGCCGCCGCGCCGACGACGCCGACGCCGACGCGAUGAUGGAAAGCGGCAGCAGCCUGGGCAGGCCUCGCGGCGCCGCGGUGUCGAGCUCGGCGGCCGCCGCAGCGGCAGCCGCGGCCGCCGCGGCCGCGGCCGCCCGCCUAGACCCCUUCGACCAGGAGAUGAACGCCGCCGAAGCGCCGCACUUCCAGAACGGCUUCGGGAUGCACCACCAUCACCCCAACUACACGGCCGCCGUCGCGAGGGACUUUCUGCUGCGGGGAGCCACGGAGCUACCGCCUCCGCCGCACCACCAUCACCACCCGACCCCCGAGAGCAUGUUCGUUCACCACCAUCAUCACCAUCACCAUCACCCGACGGCCGGGGAACUGUACCCUUCCAGGCUACCGCUGACCGCGGCCGACGUCUACCGGGAACCCUUCCAGCCGAGGCCCGAACCUGUGUACGCGUCGCCGGCCAUGGGGGGCCACCCCCACGGCGCCUUCUUCCGCUACAUGCGGCAGCCCGUGAAGCAGGAACUCACGUGCUUGUGGGUGGAACCGCACGUGCACCAUCCGCAUCACCCGCACCACCCGGCGCUGCACCAGCAGCACGUGCAUCACUCGAUGGGCGGAUCGCUGAGCCCCCGGAAACCGUGCGGCAAGAGCUUCUCGUCGAUGCACGAGAUUGUGACCCACCUGACCGUGGAGCACGUGGGGGGUCCCGAGUGCACUAACCACGCGUGCUUCUGGCAGGAGUGCGCCCGCAACGGGCGGCCCUUCAAGGCCAAGUACAAGCUGGUGAACCACAUCCGCGUGCACACCGGCGAGAAGCCCUUUCCCUGCCCGUUUCCGGGCUGCGGCAAGGUGUUCGCGCGUUCCGAGAACCUCAAGAUCCACAAGAGGACGCAUACAGGCGAGAAGCCGUUCAAGUGCGAGUUCGAAGGCUGCGACCGAAGGUUCGCCAACAGCUCGGACCGCAAGAAGCACUCGCACGUACACACUUCGGACAAGCCGUACAACUGCAGGAUCCGUGGCUGCGACAAGAGCUACACGCAUCCGAGCUCCCUGCGCAAGCACAUGAAGGUCCACGGCAAGUCGCCGCCGCCGUCCCCCUCCUCAUCGUCGGCCUCGGGCUACGAGAGCGACCAGGGCAACCACGGCGGCAACGGCGGCUCCGUCGGCGGACAUCAGCAGCAAGGGACGCUCGGUACCAUGACGGGCUCUUCCAACGCCGCGAAUCCUGCGAUUGGGACGGCCCUCAGCUCCCAGGGUGCGCCGCCCAGCCUCGAGCAGCUCGUGUCUUCGGCCCAGCUGGGGCCCGGGACGACUGGACUGAACGAGUGGUACGUCUGCCAGACCGGGGGAAUGCCCACGCCGCCCAGUAACGAGCACUCUCCGCUGGGCGGGCCGCACCAUCACCUGCCGCCGCCCUACUGACCUCGGCUGCAGGGGGCAUCGGUGGCAUUCUGAGCAGCCCCCCGCUUUGGGGAACGCCUGGAAGGGGUUGGACUCCGUCUCCAACGCACGGAACUCUUCGUUGACCCCCCUCGGCCGAAACCAAACUCCGCCUUCGAUACCACCUGUUAAACCCGAGCGUGUGAUGCCGGGUUCGAGGGGUUUUCGUUGGCGAAAAACCAACUGUGGACAAUGGACACGUGUGGACCUGACGUCCGAUCCCACCUCGUCCCGUUUUGGGGAAGCGUCUCUGGGUUGGGGGAAAAACUUGCUUCGAAGCUGCCCGAGAGACCCGGCUCUUCUCUUUCGGUUGGGGUUCGUGUGUGAAAUCUGUUGUUAAGAAGCGUUGCCAAACUAAGCCAACAGUUUAGAAAUGUGACGUAAAUUUAUAUCGACGGUUUGGGAUAAGAUUGGGAGAGUCACUUGGCAGCCCUCCACAGGCCACUACACAAAGUAAUGCGAAAGUGUCCCAAAGGCUAUUCCAAGUACCGCCGCGAACAAUAUGAGCUGCGACACGCAAUGCGGCUUUUUUCUGCUAUUGCAAUACCAGCAACUUUUCAUAUUCCUCGAUUUUUUACGUACUGGGACCUAAGCUUUGCGUCCCAUCAAACAGUUUGGACGCAUCCUUUUCUUAGAAACCGCUAGGUACGCCAGGAAAAAAAGUGAAGGGCUGUUGCAGCUCAGAUUGUUGGCCAUAGUACCAUUUCACUUCUCUCAAUGCCCGGGUGCUAACAUUGACGCAUUAUGAGCGGUGUUUUAUGAGGUACCUCUCAAACCGUAGUGGCCUACGUGUCUAACACCUUUCGUGGAAAAUAAUACCUUACAUUUUUAUCUGGUCAUACCUAACUGAAGCUGCCAUAUGAUUCAGAUCGCCAAAACUCGCGCCUAUACCAGAGGUCUAGUACCAAACUGCAGGCCAUCGAAAGAGGAGAGGUUCGGAAAUAGCAGCGGAUAAGGCAGAUACAAGGUGCACUACCUCAAGCAAGACAUCGAGCUGUCGUGAGCCUCGAAAGCUCAACAAAUCGUACUUUGCUUCACGAGCCGAUAGCUUUUGUGAUGCAGAACUCGCAUGACGCGUAUACUUUACGUCUCUAAGUACUGCGCUCUGUCUUUAGAAGAAACGAUGCCCAACGUGAGUGACGAGGCACAUUUUGUUUCAUGAAGAGCAUGGGCGUCUUUCAACUCAUUCCGCUCAUAUGUACAGCUUUCCAGCGGUUAUCACCCGGGCAAAAAAUGUUGAAUCAUAGGACUGUGGACGCAUUCGCCGCGCCUGAUAUUUGGAGGAAGUAGGCCCCCGCGCAUGCCCAGAAGGCGUUCCACAGCCUAGCUGGCAAAGGUGGCACCGCACGGAAGGCUCUAUAGGCCGCCAUGUUUUUUUCCUAAACCUCUACAGCGUCACGCGAGUCAGUGCCGCAAAAAGAAUGUCGCUACUCGUAUACAAGCGCCAAAUUCAACCUUGAUCUUGGAACUUUAUUCACAGCCACCCUGCUCGUGAUAUAUGUGUUUGCCUACAUACGAACAAUAGCUCUAUGGCGGAACCAGUACAAUAACCCGAGUCGGGAACAGAUCAUCGUCGCGUAAAGUUGGUACGCCGCCAAGUGCCCCUCAAGAAAAAAAAAAUAUAUAUAGUGUUUUUUUUUUCGUCACAAAAUUAAAUUACACAUUGCCUAACGCUCAUUCUCUGCCUAAAUGCACAUUCUCCGUCGAAAUGUAGCGCGAUCGGUUUGAACCAGGUGCGAAAGUUUCAGCACUAACCAUUAUCUUAUUAAAAAAAAUUCUAAGUGAUUUUCUGAUCCUUGGAGCACAGCUCCAACCAGUAAUAUGAUUUUCUGAAAAUUUCAAUGGAAAAAUGGGGCCCAUUUUCACUCCUUUUUCGAUAACUGGUACCAUAGAACUUCCUGUAUUCGAAAGUUCUGUCGGUCGUCAUUUUCCACUGAACAUUUCAGGAAAUCACGUAUGACUUUUAAAUAAAAUAACGGUUAGUGUUUUUAAUUCUGACACCUGUUUCGGACCGCUAGCAGCGCUACAUUUGAGCGGAGAAUGAGAGUUUGGCAAUGCGUAAUUCAUUUACUGUAAAGAGAAAAAAGUUUUUUCGGGAACAUCUUGUACAUCUCCUCCACAAAGGUCUUGCUGAACAGAGUGUUCGAAAAUGUGGCUGUAUAGGGUUUCUGGAGCUCGUUAUUUUCGUAGUCAUCCGUGCUGGGCAAAAGCGGAAUUUAGCGACGCGCUUCUAAUUUUCAGAGGAACUAGCCAGAAGCAUACCUACGGCUAAGCAAAUAACAGGAACAUCAUGAAGGCGUUCAAAUCAUCUAAGGAAUCUCCAAUCCAAAGUACAGUGUUUGUUAUUAGAGGCGGGAGGCGAGGAAAGCCUGUUCGCUUUAGCAUGUGCGUGUGGCAUAUCAAACACACAAAAACAAAAAGAAAGAACAACAAACAAAAACAAAAAAAGACGCAAAACGACGGACACUAACAUUUGUAUUCAGAUCACUUUCUAUGAAAGACGAAACACGAACGAAAAUUCCUUUUUAAAAGAAAACAAAACAAAAAAUCUUAUCAAGCUGGGAGAUAAGGAAGAAAUUUGCAAAAUGUUCUUUUAUAAUAUUUCGAAACGCGAAACGACUGCGCUAUUUAGCCAGCGAUUUGCGCUCUCGACCAAAUUAUUUUGAAAGUUACUUAAUUUAAGUUAAUAACGAUGAAUGAAAAUUCCUCCUUAAUGUGAAGUCCAACGAGAAUCACACACCAUAUUCUGUUUGUUAGCUGGAUAACUUAAAACAAUUACUUUCAAAAGUCAUUCAGGCGCAUGAGUACACUUCUGGCAUAGCCAGGUAGUGCCGUUGUGAUCAUUUGAACGCAAGGUUUGGCAGAACAAGGGUGGUUUGCACGCGAAAAAAGUAUGGCCAUCUCUAAGGUACGACAUCACUGGAGAGUGUUUUCAAUUUUAGAAAUUAACAGCGAAAAAACAACAGGAACCAAGAAUUAGAGGUCAAAGCGCUCAAAUAGCGUGCUUCUUGAACACUCCGUCCCCUUGUCCUUUUUUUUACGUUAUUAUAUUUUUAGAUUGUUUUGCUACAUAGCCAACCUUCGUGCUUCUCAUCUUCGAUUGCACUGUUUUAAUAUUUAUUAUUAGGACUCAAAGUGAUGCCUCGUAGCUUGUACGGUGCAAUGUAUAAACUACUUAUAAAUAUGUGUCAAUUGAUGGAAACGCCGCGCUUUCGGCAACGCUGCACAUAAAAUUUCGCCACAGUGCUCGAUGACUACGGAAAAUUGUCACAUUUCUACUUCUCUUGCUAUGACGCCUGAAUCGAUUGCGUUUGAGAAACAUUGAAAAAACCUGUAACGCAGUGCUGUAUUUUUAAUCAUCGGCGAAUUGGGCUGCAGAUGUCGUACUACCUCGGGCACGACGCUUAUAGCUCCACGGGAACAGAUGUGAUUGGUCAAGCUCUCUCAGAGACGAACUUCAGACGGCGGCUCCCCCGAACUACGACGCCUGUGCUCGCAAUUGAUCACCCAAAGUGACGCUUCAGGACGUUUCUUCGAGUUCUUCAACUUCACAGACUUGUACCAUAGAUUUCCUCCCGUGUCCCCAUCUUCAUUCACCGUGCGUGCAUGAGCGACUGUAUGGUGCGUGAGUGUGUGUUGUGAUGCGUCCUGCUUGAAACUUCCACAGGAACUGACGUCAGAACUUCCGUUUGUGGACUGUGAGACGCGUCUGUGUCUUGGCGGCUUGACUACUGGUGAGCCGUAAAGCACCGACAGAAACAAGCAGCAGUGCUUUGAUUCGCAGACGCACGCGUGAGUAGAAAGUUGUGUGUACAUUUCGAGUUCUAUUUUAUUAACGCGACGAGUGCCGAAGGAGUGGACAAAACACAAACAAAUCCCGCCGACAUCAAAGAUCCUCUACCCUGUCAUCUUCUAUUUUUACAAUGAUUGCAACGAAACGUCGUAUUAAAAUGUGGCGAGAAACUCUCGAAGAAAA